UACGCAAUUUUUGGUAUGUCUUUUUUUAUGCACGUCAAACAUACAAAGGGGAUCGAUGACAUGUUCAACUUUGAAACAUUCUUCCGAAGUAUGAUUAUGCUUUUCCAAGUAUCCACAUCAGCUGGCUGGGAUGGAGUGUUAGCAGGUUUGAUGAAU